GGAUGAGGCAGAUGCACUCUAUGCAGACUUGCGCCAGCUGGAAACACUCGUGGCUGAGGAGGACGAAGACAUGCCCUCAGCAGACCAGCUACAUGGGGAGAGCUUUAUGAAGGAGUUUCCUCAGGUGAAACAGAACCUUGAGGAAUACAUAGGAAAGCUCUACGCACUUGCUGAUGAGGUGGACAAGGUGCACAGGGACUGCACCAUCACCCAAGUGGCGGCCUCUUCCACUGGCAUUGUGUCUGGCAUUCUGAUCAUCGUUGGCCUGUGUCUGGCACCAUUCACAACAGGAGCUAGCCUGGUGCUUUGGGCAAUUGGGAUCGGACUGGGGGUAGCAGCUGCUGUGACCAGUGUGACCACCAGAAUUGUGGAAUACUCAAUGAACAAGUCAGCAAAAGCCAAAGCCAGCCACCUAGUAUCAACUGGCAGUGACACAGAGAAGGUGGUUGUGAAGGUUCCACGUCCCAGCACACCCGAAAUUGCUUCCUUAGCAAGGAAGUGCUUCCAAUCCCUGCAAGUCAUUGUGAAGAAUUCCAGUGCCUUCAAUCUGGCCAAAUCCAAUCCUCGCUUAGCAGCUGAGGCCAUGAGCUUCAUGCGCACAGAGACAAUCUCAGCCCAAAGCGGCAAGCAGGUGCUGAGAGCUUUUAGAGGCACUGCUCUGGCCAUGAGCAAAGGAACCACCAUCUUUGGUGCAGCCACGGCAGGUUUUUUCCUUCUCAUGGAUGUAGUGAACAUAGUGAAAGAGUCAAUGCACUUACAUGAGGGCGCAAAGGCUCGGUCAGCUAAAGAGUUGAGGCAGCAGGCCCAGGAGUUGGAGAGGAGGUUAGAAGAACUCACCUGCAUUCACGAAUAUCUACAGGAGGAACUGACUCCGUGAUCCCCAGACAGUGCAGGGAGCAGGGUGUGUGGGAGACAAAGGCGUGGACUUACCUUGUUAGAGGGGGAAAGCCAGUGAGAUAAAAUGGAUGGAACUGUGUGUUAAGGAGUUUGGUAUUUCUAAGAUGAGCACAGAAAAGGAAGGGUUCAUGCAGGUGACAAGUGGGUAAAAGAGACAGAAGGAACCUAGAGCCUGGAAUCAGGGAAGAGAGGGGGAAAGAGAGUGAGGGGUGGGGCUUUAUUUUGACUAAAAAAGACAUUGGGGUCAUGAAUAAAGAAAGAGAAGUGAAGGAAUAAGCACCAA